AUGCCCUUCAUUGCCCUCGCAAGGCACGCGGCUGCCCUCACCCGCCUACUUCCGCCCUUGCCGCAAAACCUCGCGAGAUCUCGUCUCCUCCCCCCGGCGGGGCGGCCCCGCGAAGGAAGCCCUUACCAGCCGGUAAUUGAAGCAUUAGGAAACUAUCCAGAAAAGAAGUUCUACAAUGUCUCAAAGCUUGGAGGCGCCAAGUAUGAUACUCUGCCUUAUUCCAUCCGAGCGUUGUUUGAAUCCAGUAUCCGUAACUGUGAUGGCUUCUUAGUGAAAGAAACAGAUGCUAUGAACAUCUUAGACUGGAAAACAAAGCAGAAUAAAGUUGAAGUGCCCUUCUGUCCUGCCAGAGUUGUUCUUCAAGACUUUACUGGAAUUCCAGCAAUGGUGGAUUUUGCUGCCAUGAGGGAAGCUGUGAGAAAUGCUGGAGGAGAUCCUCUGAAGGUCAAUCCUGCCUGCCCGACUGAUCUCACUGUUGACCAUUCUCUGCAGAUUGAUUUCAGCAAAUGUGCAAUACAGAAUGCUCCCAAUCCUGGAGGUGGUGAUUCACAGAAGCCAACAGCAAGGCUUUCUCCACUUAAAGCACAGCCUCGGAAGCUGCCUUGCAGGGGUCAGACGGGCUGCAAGGGGCCGUGUAGCGCCGGAGAGUCGAGUCGCAGCUCAGGACAAUUCUCUGCACAGAUUGAGAACACGCCUAUCCUCUGUCCUUUCCAUCUUCAGCCGGUGCCUGAGCCUGAGACAGUACUGAAAAAUCAAGAGUUGGAAUUUGGCAGAAAUAGAGAGAGGCUUCAAUUUUUUAAGUGGAGUUCAAAGGUUUUCAAGAAUGUUUCCAUAAUUCCACCUGAGACUGGGAUGGCGCACCAAGUUAACUUGGAAUAUUUGUCGAGAGUUGUGUUUGAAGUUAAAGAUUUCCUAUAUCCAGAUAGCGUGGUUGGCACAGAUUCACAUACGACCAUGGUAAAUGGCUUGGGUAUCUUGGGCUGGGGUGUUGGGGGGAUUGAAACAGAAGCCGUGAUGCUGGGGAUGCCAGUUACUCUCACUUUGCCUGAGGUGGUUGGGUGCGAGCUGACGGGCACAGCCGGCCCCCUUGCUACACCCAUAGAUAUUGUUCUAAGCAUUACGAAGCAUCUUAGACAAGCUGAUGUCGCUGGCAAAUUUGUGGAGUUUUUUGGGAGUGGAGUUUCCCAGCUGUCUGUAGCAGACCGAACCACAAUAGCAAACAUGUGUCCAGAAUACGGUGCUAUUCUGAGCUUUUUCCCUGUUGAUAAUGUGACGUUGAAGCACUUAAAGCAUACAGGUUUUGACAAGGCCAAGCUUGAGGUGAUGGAGGCGUAUCUUAAAGCUGUGAAGUUAUUUAGAAAUGGUGAGAGUUCUUCCAGAGAACCUGAGUAUUCCCAGGUAGUGCAAAUUAGUCUGAGUUCUAUAAUUCCAUAUGUGAGUGGCCCCAAGAGAUCCCAGGAUAGAGUGGCUAUUACUAACAUGAAAAGUGACUUCCAGACCUGCUUAAAUGAAAAGUCUGGUGUUAAAGGGUUUCAGAUCGCUCUUGAGAAGCAGAAUGACAUUGUACCUGUUCAGUAUGAAGGAAACGAAUACAAGCUAUCUCAUGGCUGCAUUGUCAUUGCUGCGGUAAUCAGCUGUACAAAUAACUGUAACCCAUCCGUCAUGCUUGCUGCAGGACUCCUGGCCAAAAAAGCAGUUGAAGCUGGCCUGGUGGUUAAACCCUACAUAAGAACCAGUUUAUCUCCGGGCAGCGGAAUGGUUACACAUUACCUCAGUUCCAGUGGAGUAUUGCCAUACCUCAGUAAGCUCGGGUUUGAGGUUGUUGGUUAUGGGUGUUCGACCUGCGUUGGAAACACUGCCCCCCUGCCAGAAGCCAUCAGGAACGCAAUAAAACAGGGUGAGAUAAUUGCCUGUGGAGUGUUGUCUGGGACAAAGAACUUUGAAGGACGUCUCUGCGACUGUGUCCGUGCCAACUACCUUGCUUCUCCACCGCUAGUAGUUGCUUAUGCCAUCGCAGGCACUGUUAAAAUAGACUUUGAAACCGAGCCUUUGGGCACUGGCUUGAAUGGCAAAAGUAUUUAUUUACGAGAUAUUUGGCCCACCCGAAGCGAACUUCACACAGUGGAGGAAGAGUGCGUGAUAUCAUCCAUGUUUAAGGAAUUGAAAGAAAAAAUGGAGAAAGGAAACAAGCGAUGGAAUUUGCUGGAAGCACCUGAGUCGACUUUAUUUCCCUGGGAUUUAAAAUCGACUUAUAUCAGAUGUCCUUCCUUUUUUGAUAAACUUGUAACUAUUCCAGUGAAGCUUCAGUGUUUGACUAUUUUUCAUGUCUGUAAGGAUCUUGGAAGAACUACCGAUCACAUAUCCCCUGCUGGGAGCAUUGCAAGGAGCAGUGCUGCUGCCAAGUACCUGACCAGCAAGGGACUCACACCUCGUGAAUUCAACUCUUAUGGAGCUCGAAGAGGUAACGAUGCUGUGAUGACAAGAGGUACCUUUGCAAACAUCAAGCUUCUGAAUAAGUUCAUAGGAAAACCAGCUCCUAAAACAAUUCACUUCCCAUCAGGACAAACGCUAGAUGUGUUUGAAGCGGCGGAGUUGUACCAGAAGGAAGGCAUCCCUGUCAUCAUUCUAGCAGGAAAGAAUUACGGACUGGGUAGCUCAAGAGACUGGGCUGCAAAAGGGCCUUUUUUACUGGGUGUUAAAGCUGUCCUGGCCGAAAGCUAUGAGAAGGUUCAUAGAAGUCAGUUGAUUGGAAUUGGCAUAGCUCCACUUCAGUUUCUUCCUGGGGAAAAUCCCAGUACUUUGGGUCUCACUGGCAGAGAGCAGUUUUCUGUAUUGUUCCCUCCAGAGCUGUCACCCGGCAUGACUUUGGAUAUUAAGACGAGCACUGGAAGAGUAUUCAGCGUGACUGCCUUGUUUGAAAACGAGAUGGAGCUAACUUUAUACAAAUACGGUGGAAGUCUAAACUUUGUGGCUCGAAGAUUCUUAUAGUAGCUACUGACUCUGUGGGUACCUUUCGUAACUGGUAAUUCUGAAAAUGCCUUGUGUGAACCCAGGAAUCUGUACUGUGGAACUGCAAACAGUCCUAGUGUGCUCAAAGUUACUUCGUCCAUGGAUGUAAAAGAUUGUGAAUCAUUGUAACUGCAACGAGAUCCUUCCUGAUUUUAAAUAAUAUUCUAAUGGUGCUAUUAAACAUUGCUAAAAUCAACAUGUGUAUUGUGGCAGAGAGCUGUAAGUACGGAGGGGAUGUUUUAUCAGACCAUUUUGUAAAUAAACUAUGCGAAAUCUGAAA